CAUCUAAGGAAAGCUCAGUGAUUAACAAACAGAAGAAAGAAACAGAACAGCUUCAAAAACAACAUUAAUGGAAUGAAACUCCAAGUCUUGUCUUCGAAGCUCCAAACCCCACAUAAAUGGCUACACCAUUUUUGGCUGGACUUGCAGUUGCUGCGGCUGCGCUUGCUGGCAGAUAUGGACUCCAGGCUUGGCAAGCAUUCAAGGCCCGGCCACCAAAACCUAAAAUACGCAAGUUCUACGAGGGUGGUUUCCAGCCUACGAUGACAAAGAGGGAAGCUGCUCUUAUCCUUGGUCUUAGGGAGAAUGCAACUCCGGACAAAGUCAGGGAAGCGCAUAGGAAAGUAAUGGUUGCAAACCAUCCUGAUGCAGGGGGCAGUCAUUAUCUUGCCUCUAAAGUUAAUGAAGCUAAAGAUGUAAUGCUCGGCAAGACAAAGGGCGGCGGGUCUCCAUUCUGAUAACAUUUCAUUUGCAUAAGUUUAGGCAAACUGUGUACAGAAGUAACAAUGAGUGUCCGAUCCUUUUAAGGUAUUUCAUUUAUAUUAUGCGAUGUUUGCCAAUGUGUUGAAGUUUCUUUAUCAAAUUGGGCAAAGAAUUUGAGUUGCCAACGGUUGUUUGGACCUUGCAAAGUUGGCCUAUUGACAACUGACCGAACAACCCCUGCCGCCGCAGAUAAAUGUGAGAUAAUUGUUUUAGCAAAUUUACGAGUUAUGGUUGU